AUGGCAUUUUCAAAUAUCCCCGUGGCCAUCCUGUGCCUCAGCAUCCUCCUCGCUGGCGAUGCGCUGGGCGCACCCGUUUCCAAGCCCGGAGACCAAGGACAACUUCAGAGGAUCGCCGAGUGCCGGGAGCUUUGCUACCACGAGUCCCUGCCGGUGGCCACACCCACGCUCCUCUGCCGAUCCCGACCGGAGUGCUACAUGUGCCAUGACUACUGCCACGUCCUCGUGGUCGUCCAAAGGAGUCUGGCUACCCUAAUGUGCGCAGACCAGGAGUUCUGCACUAGCGGAUGUCGGGUGGCUUGCUCAUACCACCGGAUACAUAGGAAAUUCCAGCAGGGUGCGGGUGCCAACGCGUUGCUCAAGCAAUGA